CAAGCUGCUUAGCCUGAAGUUUCUGCCUGCGUUGACUCAACAUCAGGCUAAGGAGCUGACUCCAUACGAGGUAGGAGAGCGGCUAUGUGUAGACAGCGUGAACUUUCUGAUGUCCUCCCCCGUCCUUGUGUGCGCUCUGAGCCGGGUGGAGGCCUUUUCGUCUCUAAAGAAGCACCUACCUCACGAUUACCCCGGUAACCUCAGUGUACUGAUGUCAGCCACACCUGAAGUAGCUUCAAGACAAGCUUCUGUCUUCUUCCUUGAGCACGAGAUGACCCCUGACCAAAGCAAACUAUCACAGCUGAACGUUUCCCCCCAAAUCUGCAGUACCAAAGAUCCACAGAGGCAGCUCACUGUGUGCCUGUUCAAGCCCAGAAGCUGGUAUCACCUGGUGUCUGCAGCGGUCCACAUACUCCAUCAGAGUGGUCUCAGGGUGGUGGGCCUGCGUGUGUUCACACUGGAAAAAAGCACUGCUGCCUGUAUACUGCCUGCAGAAAGUGAUACAACAGAUCUGGAGGCCCAGGUGGAGUACCUGUGCUCUGGCUCCUCAUUGGCUCUCUGUCUGGAGGGGGAGGAUUCUGUGAGGCGGCUGCUGGACGUGAUUGGCCACUUGGACUCAUCUCAUUGGAUGACGUGCUCGGCCAUAGCUCAUAAUCCGAUCUAUGGCUCUGGAUCAUAUCAGAAAGCAGUUGAGGAAGUGAAGAAGCUUUUUCCAGGAGGGCUCUGCUGUGCCGAGAGCAGCACAAUGACACAGGAGAAGGUUGGGUCGUCACAUUCAGGAGUUAGUGUAAUUGAAAUGCAAUUUCAUCAAAUAAAAGAAGGACAUGCUGCGUUUGUGGUUCCUUUGUUUCAGAUAUUCAGCUUGUGUUCAGACUCUGUGGCGUCUGCGGAGCGGUCCCUGGUACACAGAGCUUACUGGCAGACAACCUGUCUGCUGGUCCCCUUUGAUGCUCCACCCCUCAGCCACGAGUCUUCCCAGCUGGAGCUGCUGGGGCUGCUGCUGAGGUCAGGCUGCUAUCUGGUGGCAGGGAGGAUGAGUGUACUGGAUAACAAGCAGAGGAAACACAUUACAGAGACCCUGCAAGUGUCAUCAAGAGGAAAUGAAAGGAUGGCUCAACUUAACAUGGCGCCCUGCCUCAUCCUGGCUCUGCAAGGGGAGAACGUCGCGACCCGACUGAACCUGCGCCUUGAAAACAGCAUUAACAAGGAGCGACCAGACCUGGAUAAAGUGGGCCAAAUGAUAAUAUACCCAGAGAAUGAGAAAGAGGUCAGGAAAAUUAUACUUUUUCAUUCUUGA